CGCGUAUUUAUAAAAUAUUAGAAGUAUUUGAAUAUAAGGACUUUAACGUCAUAAGGAUAGAAAAGAUAAAUUUUUUGUUUUUUAAUUAACUUUUGAAAAACAACUUUAAUAAAUGAGAUCAAAAAUGAAAAUGUGUAUCUUUUAUAAUUAUGUUUAAAAAUAUCGUAUGAAUAAACAUACAUUUUAAUAUUUUAUAAGAUUUAAUCUGAAGAAAAUUAAUAAAAGAUACAUUAGUUAAGUAUUAGUUACAGUCACAAAUACAUUCAAAUGACAUUAAUAAUUUAUUAAAAAUAAUAUUUCUUACCAAUUGUUUAAUCAUAAUCUCUGUUAUUCCACUUCUAGUAUUUAGUCUAAUUUAUCUAAAUAUGACGUUUAAUAAUACAUCUACCACUGUACUGUCGGUAAUACAGAGUACUUUAUUAAUAUUUUAAGGGUAAUAUUUUGAUAACGAUAAAAAUGUUAGUUUUUAAUAUUAAAUUGUUAUUUUAUUUUUCGGUUAUUGUUAGUAACAUAAAAUAAAACAAAUUAAAAAGAAAUUCCAUUCAAAUUUUGUCAAAAUAAUAAUCUUUAAUAGCAAAGUAUCGAUAUUUUCUCUUACUAAAAACGGGUGUACGUAUCGAUGAUAGCGCGUGCGCGCGUGGAUUUAAAAAGUCAGCUAAAGAAUGAAUCUAGAAUUUUGUCCUUACUUUCAGUUCGAACGCAUCAGGUCUGAUAGAACAACCUAUGCGACGAAUAAAAGUAAUUUCUUUUUUAUAAUACUCUCUUCGUACAUAUCAAGUGAUAAUUUUAUCCUAGUACAAAGAUAUAAAUCAAUAUAUUUACAAAAAAAUACUCUAUUAUAGUACGACCAUUUAUAAUUAUUUGCAUAUAAAUAUAGAAGGUGAAUUAAAAAGUGCUUCAUUCUAAUACAAAAAGUAAAAAAGAAAUAAUAAGCGUGUAAAUAUAUUUUCAAAAAUGGCUAAAUUUUUAGCCACUAUAAAAGCUAUAAUAACACGUUUGGUAUUCGCGUCGCAUGGUUUUAUUGCUAUCUGGCAGGUAACAACGUUUAAGAAGAAUCCACUUUUCUGGUACCUUAGUUGUCCAAUUUUGCUUCUCUUUUUUGAGGGUGUUUUCACUCUAACUAUAAAAGAAAAUCAAGAAUGGAAAUGGUUCUGUCCUUCAGUAUUUUUAUAUUUAAGUAGCGUAGUGCCAGCAAUUUGGCUCUUGGAGCUCGACAAAGUUGAUAAGAGAUUGAAAUCUCGCGAAUCUAAUAUCAACAUAUCCGAAAAUUUUGAUUUAUCCAAUUUGGCAGCCGAAGAUUUGAAACAUUUAGAAAAAGCUUUGGGUGUAAACAUUAAUUUACCAGACAUCCAAAUAUCUACUGAAACCUGGGUAACUUUAAUAGAACAAUUUUUAAUGCUCAUCUUAAUAAUCGGCCGAUGGAUGUUACCCAAGGGAGAUCUUACGAGAGAUCAGUUGAGUCAGUUACUGUUGGUUUAUAUCGGAACUGCUGCCGACAUUAUCGAAUUCUUCGAUUCUUUCAAGGAGGAUAGAAUAGCUCGUGAACCAGUCCUUGUAUAUUUAACUUUGGGAAUUUGGGCUUGGUCGUUGAUGCAAUUCACGGUCGUCCUCACUGCUACUAAAUCGAGAAAAUCGCGAUUAUCUUCCGGAAGUGCUAUGAAAAAGAGGGUGCAAACGGAAACAGGUUGUUGUAGCAUCGAUAUUUGGGGCAUUGCUCUUAACAUGAUCCUUCAGGAUGGACCUUUUCUGGCAUUUAGGUUGAUCCUAAUAAUACAUUAUCAAAUAGUCAGUUACAUGAAUAUAUUUUUUACAUGCAAGAACACUUUGGUAAUACUCUUACAACUGUACAGACUAUACGUCGUUCACAGUGAAAGUAAUAGUAAACGAAAGAAAGAGAAAUACGAGAAAUACGAAGUACCUAACAUCAGUAUUAUUUCUCGAGCGGAUAUGUCUAAAGAAACGAGAUGUAGAAGAUCUCAAGAUGAUAGAAAGAGGAAAAGGAGACGGGAAAGAGACGUAGAAGAAAAUUUAUCUGAUUCGGAGGAUUCUACCGAAGAAAUUGAUAAAUUUGAUUCGUCACCAAAGCAAACGAUUCGUCCUAAACGAAAAACUCGUCAGGAUACUGGUUACUCGACAUCGAGUUCUCGCAAUUCGUCAAAACACAUAAAAUCGCAGAGACAAGAAAGUAGAAGGAACAAAGCUUCGCGUAAAAGCGAAUCUAAAAAUCGUGAAGAUUCAAGUGAUAAUGAGACACGUAAAAGAAAAACCAACAAAUCUAAUGAAAGACAUGAAAGAAGGAUAUUUGAAGAUGGUAGAACGAAAAGUAGAAGCGAAGAUUCUAGCAAGAGUUCUGGUAAAAAAGAAAAAUGUGAAACUGAAAGUGAUUUCUCGACCCAAGAUCUCAAUGGUAAUAAAACUCCUAGCCAGAGUAGCGAUUCUGAGUCUGAAAAAAGAAGUAGCAAACGAGUUCAACGUAAACGACGACAAAACAAGGACUGACAAAAAAAUCUUGGCAUUGUUGCUUUGUUCUUUCUCUAUUCAAUAAUUUUAAUCGUUUUUGUACUUAUUAUACAUACCGGGAUCAACGACGGUUUGAUAUUAGUCUCAAGAACAAAAGCAAAUAUUUUAUACCUUAAUCAAUCAUAGUUUUUACAAGAGAAGAAAGUCUAUUAAACGACUUGGAUAAAUAUAUGAUUAGAGAUAAAAUAUUUGGGUAUGCCUUUUUGAAGAAUCAUAUUUCUAAUCUAGUAAUAAAACAUUCUAAGGUAAUAAUUAUCAUUAAUAAUUACGUACAUAUAUGUUUUUGCAUGUAAUCGUCGAGUUCUUCAUUAAGUUCUAAUCUUCUUUAUUUCGAUCGAAAUAAACGUAAAUCAAUAAAAUUUAUUAAUAUUUCUGUAA